AUGUUUGUAGUAACAAAACAUCUUCUGCAAAGACGGAAGAGGUCGUCCUCGUCGUCGUCUUGCUACGAUGAUUUCUUCAAGAGGUUACAAAACCACGGAGCGUGGUUUAAAAAGCAUCUUACUACGCAACUCUUUUCUGUCACGAAGAAGAAGAAGCUUCACUUAGUCCUUGACUUAGACCACACGCUACUCCACUCUGUUCUGGUUUCAGACCUAUCCAAACGCGAGAAGUAUCUACUCGAAGAAACUGAUUCAAGGCAAGAUCUAUGGAGACGCAACGUAGACGGUUACGAAUUUAUCAUAAAGCUACGACCUUUUCUUCAUGAGUUUCUCUUAGAAGCCAAUAAGCUCUUCACAAUGCACGUUUACACAAUGGGUAGUUCUAGUUACGCAAAGCAGGUGUUGAAGCUGAUUGAUCCUGAUAAAGUAUACUUUGGGAAACGAGUUAUAACUAGAGAAGCAAGUCCUUUUAAUAAGUCACUUGAUCUUCUUGCGGCUGAUAAACGUAGAGUGGUCAUUGUGGAUGAUACGGUUCAUGUUUGGCCUUUUCACAAGAGAAACUUGUUGCAGAUCACCAAAUACAUUUAUUUUAAAGUCGAUGGAACCAAGUGGGAUUCGUACGCAGAAGCAAAGAAAGAUGAGAGUCAAAGCAAUGGAUCAUUGGCCAAUGUUCUGAAAUUCCUUGAAGUUGUUCACAAAAGAUUUGAAGAGGAUUUAGGUUUUAAAGAUUUGAGGCUAUUGAUACCUUGUAGACAACGCUGCUACUGA